AUGGGUCUUGGCGCCAAAACUCCUCUUCGACGUGUGGUCACCUACCACAAAGGUGCCACCUCCGCACUGCUCUCUGAUAGCGAGCUCCAGCCAGUCUCGGCGUUCGCCAGUGACGCGGUUACUCUCUGGCAAAAUUCCAAAUACCCUGCCGAACUCGUCGACAAAGACCCGGUUAGCUCCAGCCCAGUCAUCUACACCCCUGGAUCUCUCAUCCGGGUUGUGGAUUUCCCAGCAAACUCCAAGGGGCACAACCAUAGAACUGCGUCCCUCGACUAUGGUAUUGUGUUUGAGGGAGAACUAGAGUUGGUUCUGGAAGACGGUUCGCGUACCAUAGUCCGAGCGGGAGAUUUGGUAGUGCAGCAAGCUACUAUGCACCAAUGGAAUAAUUUGACCAAUAAGCCAGCUCGGGUCAUUUUUGUUCUUUUGGCAUCUGAAAGGACUGUCAACGGCGUGGAUGUGGGUGAAGUUGGUGUCCCAGAGAAAUACCUUCCUCAGCACUAG